AUGACUAGAGCAAGCUGUAUUGUCCAGGCAGCCCUGGCCGAGCAAUCAGAUGAGUGGGCAUUGGUGGCCAAUCUUCAGAAGGAGAAAGAUGAGUUAUCAAGAAAACUAUAUGCUCUCCCAGUUGAACAAUUUCGCGCAGCAGGAUAUCGUCCACCGCCGAUCCCACCGGACAGCCCUACUCCUGGAAAAGACCUUGAUAUAGUGCAAACAGAAGUUGAAGUACGAGAUGGCACAAAGAUCUUGAUCCGUAUAUAUACUUCUACAGACCAUUCUCCGGGUUCAUUAUUGUUCUUUAAUGCCCAUGGUGGAGGCUUUGUUACUGGUAAUACAGAGACAGAAGAGGCUCAAAAUCGCUUGAUUGCAGUUAAAAACGGAGCUGUGGUCGUGAGUGUGGAUUAUCGUCGAGCGCCCGAAUACCCGUAUCCUUUUGCAGUGAAUGACUGUUUCGAUGUCUUAAUUUGGUGUCGAAAGAAUGCUGAUAGCCUAAAUAUCGAUCCCCAGAGAAUUAUUGUGGGUGGAGGAAGUGCAGGUGCAAAUCUUUCGACUGUUCUAGCACUCAAGUUCCGAAAUCUUUCGAUACCUGGAAUUAUCGGCCAAAUUCUUAAUAUCCCCGUAACAUGCCAUCCCGCAUGCUUUCCACAGGGAAAAUACGAGUAUAUAAGCUACAAACAGAAUAAAAACUCCCCGAUAGUAGACGCGAAUCGAAUGUACUGGUUCUGGAAUCAAUACCUCCCCGAUGCCACUCCUGAUCCGUAUGCAAGUCCUCUUCUGGCUGAGUCACUCCACGGGUUACCCCCUACAUUGGUACAAGUUGCAGGCAUGGACCCUUUGAGGGAUGAAGGUAUUGCCUAUGCUCAAGCAUUAAAAAAAGCGGGUGUUUCUACGACUCUCAGAAUUUAUGCCGGCCUACCACAUGCAUUUUACAUAUACCCACAGCUUCCUUCGACAGCAGUAUAUCUCACCACAAUGGUAGACUGGAUCGCAACGAAUUUCCAAGGCUGUCAGGUAAAAGAAAGGAAAAUUGAGAAUCAUGAAUUUUAG